AUGUUCUCACCAUCAACAUAUAAAUUUUGCGGGUGGUGUAAUACUCCAGAGCCCGAUGAUCAUUCACAUGCAGUUUUACAACAUUUAUCCAAUAUACCGCCCGAUGAGUUCAACAACAAAAACAAGCAAAUUUCAGUACUAUCAUCCAAUAUUGAUCCAGUAAUCAAAGGUACUGGAACAGAACAAGAGCCAUUUGUUGUAUAUAAACAUAAAACUAAUGUUAUUACAACAACAACAAACGAUCAUUUAAGACGUCUACGAUUUGUUUGUAUGUCUGAUACACACAAUCAGAUUCAUCGUUUAACGAUACCAAAUGGUGAUGUGCUAUUGCAUUGUGGUGAUGCUUGUAAAUUUUAUACAGCUAAACGUGAUUUACCAAGAUUUAAUCGAUUUAUUGGUACAUUACCUCAUAAAUAUAAAAUAUUUAUCUCAGGUAAUCACGAGACAUGUAUUGAUGAAAAACAUUCAGAACAAACACAACAAAUAUUAUCAAAUUUAAUUUAUUUACAAGAUUCAUCAACAAAUAUUGAAGGAAUACAAAUUUAUGGUAGUCCAUGGCGUCCAGCUCGAGGUUGUUGUUUUUGUGCUGAAGCCUUCGGUUAUGAUCAUAAAAACAUACAACAAGAUAUAUGGUCACAUAUACCCGAUGGUAUUGAUAUUUUAAUAACACACGUGCCACCGUACAGUAUUCGUGAUUAUAGUCCACAUUCUAUUCAACGUGUUGGAUGUCCCGGAUUACUCGAUGAAAUUGUUACUCGGGUCAAACCUCGUGUUAGUUUAUUUGGACACAUGCAUAGUCAGUACGGUGCUAGUUUGUAUCGUACAAUGGAUAAUCAAAAUUUAAUACAAUUUCUUAAAGAAAAACGACAAAAUCAUCAAUCACUCUUACCGUCCUCGUUGUCUGAUAAUAAAAGUAAUCAAAAUAUCCAUGAAACAUUGUUUUUAAACGUCGCUGUAAAAGAUGACAAUAUCUUAAAUGCACCGAUUGUAUUUGAUUAUUAUUAUUAA